AUGCCGCUGUUGCUACUGCCGCUGUUGCUACUGCCGCUGUUGCUACUGCCGCUGUUGCUACUGCCGCUGUUGCUACUGCCGCUGUUGCUACUGCCGCUGUUGCUACUGCCGCUGUUGCUACUGCCGCUGUUGCUACUGCCGCUGUUGCUACUGCCGCUGUUGCUACUGCCGCUGUUGCUACUGCCGCUGUUGCUACUGCCGCUGUUGCUACUGCCGCUGUUGCUACUGCCGCUGUUGCUACUGCCGCUGUUGCUACUGCCGCUGUUGCUACUGCCGCUGUUGCUACUGCCGCUGUUGCUACUGCCGCUGUUGCUACUGCCGCUGUUGCUACUGCCGCUGUUGCUACUGCCGCUGUUGCUACUGCCGCUGUUGCUACUGCCGCUGUUGCUACUGCCGCUGUUGCUACUGCCGCUGUUGCUACUGCCGCUGUUGCUACUGCCGCUGUUGCUACUGCCGCUGUUGCUACUGCCGCUGUUGCUACUGCCGCUGUUGCUACUGCCGCUGUUGCUACUGCCGCUGUUGCUACUGCCGCUGUUGCUACUGCCGCUGUUGCUACUGCCGCUGUUGCUACUGCCGCUGUUGCUACUGCCGCUGUUGCUACUGCCGCUGUUGCUACUGCCGCUGUUGCUACUGCCGCUGUUGCUACUGCCGCUGUUGCUACUGCCGCUGUUGCUACUGCCGCUGUUGCUACUGCCGCUGUUGCUACUGCCGCUGUUGCUACUGCCGCUGUUGCUACUGCCGCUGUUGCUACUGCCGCUGUUGCUACUGCCGCUGUUGCUACUGCCGCUGUUGCUACUGCCGCUGUUGCUACUGCCGCUGUUGCUACUGCCGCUGUUGCUACUGCCGCUGUUGCUACUGCCGCUGUUGCUACUGCCGCUGUUGCUACUGCCGCUGUUGCUACUGCCGCUGUUGCUACUGCCGCUGUUGCUACUGCCGCUGUUGCUACUGCCGCUGUUGCUACUGCCGCUGUUGCUACUGCCGCUGUUGCUACUGCCGCUGUUGCUACUGCCGCUGUUGCUACUGCCGCUGUUGCUACUGCCGCUGUUGCUACUGCCGCUGUUGCUACUGCCGCUGUUGCUACUGCCGCUGUUGCUACUGCCGCUGUUGCUACUGCCGCUGUUGCUACUGCCGCUGUUGCUACUGCCGCUGUUGCUACUGCCGCUGUUGCUACUGCCGCUGUUGCUACUGCCGCUGUUGCUACUGCCGCUGUUGCUACUGCCGCUGUUGCUACUGCCGCUGUUGCUACUGCCGCUGUUGCUACUGCCGCUGUUGCUACUGCCGCUGUUGCUACUGCCGCUGUUGCUACUGCCGCUGUUGCUACUGCCGCUGUUGCUACUGCCGCUGUUGCUACUGCCGCUGUUGCUACUGCCGCUGUUGCUACUGCCGCUGUUGCUACUGCCGCUGUUGCUACUGCCGCUGUUGCUACUGCCGCUGUUGCUACUGCCGCUGUUGCUACUGCCGCUGUUGCUACUGCCGCUGUUGCUACUGCCGCUGUUGCUACUGCCGCUGUUGCUACUGCCGCUGUUGCUACUGCCGCUGUUGCUACUGCCGCUGUUGCUACUGCCGCUGUUGCUACUGCCGCUGUUGCUACUGCCGCUGUUGCUACUGCCGCUGUUGCUACUGCCGCUGUUGCUACUGCCGCUGUUGCUACUGCCGCUGUUGCUACUGCCGCUGUUGCUACUGCCGCUGUUGCUACUGCCGCUGUUGCUACUGCCGCUGUUGCUACUGCCGCUGUUGCUACUGCCGCUGUUGCUACUGCCGCUGUUGCUACUGCCGCUGUUGCUACUGCCGCUGUUGCUACUGCCGCUGUUGCUACUGCCGCUGUUGCUACUGCCGCUGUUGCUACUGCCGCUGUUGCUACUGCCGCUGUUGCUACUGCCGCUGUUGCUACUGCCGCUGUUGCUACUGCCGCUGUUGCUACUGCCGCUGUUGCUACUGCCGCUGUUGCUACUGCCGCUGUUGCUACUGCCGCUGUGUUCACUGUUGUUUUGUACCAAUUGUUUGUAA